GCACGGGCCUCCACGUGGUUCCACCCCGUACUUAAGGGCCGCCCCGGGCUGCCGCUGCCUGCUGCCCCAGCGCUGCCCGUCCUCCCGGAGCCGCCGGAGCGCACGCGCUGCUGGGCUGCCGGGUGACAUGGGCGUCCCGGGCCAGUUCUGGGUUUUCUUGACUCUCCUCUCGCCAGGGGUCCUCGGAAUUUUUUGUGAUCCUCCUCCUUCUAUCAAAUAUGGCCGGAAGAGUAACCAUUAUGGACCCAUAAAUCUUAAAACUGUAAUAACGUAUACUUGCAACACUGGCUUCCGCCUCAUUGGAGAAAAAUUUAUUCAUUGUAUAAGUAAAGACCAAGAGAGUGCAGUCUGGGAUAAAGCUCCUCCUAGAUGUGAAUAUUACAAUAGAAAUACUUUUUGCUCUGAGCCAGAAGUACCAGGGGGAUACAGAAGUCGAGGAAGACCACCAUACAAACAUGGUGAUUCUGUGACAUUUACCUGUCAAACCAACUUCACCAUGAAAGGAAAUCAAUCUGUUUGGUGCCAAGCAAAUUCAACCUGGGGGCCAACACCAUUGCCAGUCUGUGAGAGUGAUUUCCCUCUGGAGUGUCCACAGCUUCCCCAGAUUUCCAAUGGAUAUCACACAGGGAAAAAUAUUGACCACUUUGCCCCAGGAUUCUCAGUGGCUUAUGGCUGUAAAGCCGGUUACUUGCUCCAAGGACAAAAGACGAUUAAGUGCUUAUCUUCAGGCAACUGGAAUGCUGCUUUUCCUGUGUGCAAAGAGGCAAGGUGUGAUCCUAUAGGACAAUUUCCCAAUGGGCAGGUUACUGCACCCCCAAGUCUUCAGGCUGGCGUAACUGUUAACUUUUCUUGUAAUGUAGGGUACAGAUUACAAGGCUACCCCUCUAGUCAGUGUGUGAUUGCCGAACAGAGAGCGACUUGGACCAAGAAGCCAGUAUGUGAAGCAAUUCUUUGCCCACCACCUUCUCCUAUUCUCAAUGGAAGAGUCAGCUCUUCAACCAAUGUUUCAUAUGGAAGCACCGUAACUUACACUUGUGACCCAGACCCAGAGGAAGGAGUGACCUUCAUCCUUAUUGGGAAGAAAACUAUCCAUUGCACCAUGGACAGUCAGAACAGGGGGAUCUGGAGUGGCCCUUCCCCACAAUGCAGACUUUCUACUCCUGCACGUCAGUGUCCUCAUCCCCAGAUCCUAAGAGGUCAAAUGUUAUCUGCACAGAAAGAUGAAUAUUCCUAUAAUGACACUGUGGCAUUUACUUGUGAGUCUGGCUUCACCUUGAAGGGCAGCAGGAGAAUCAGAUGCAGUGCCCAGGGCACAUGGGAGCCAUCAGUACCAGUCUGUGAGAAGGACUGUCAGGCCCCUCCUGAGAUCCUCAAUGGGCAAAAGGAAGAUCGACACAUGGUCCGGUUUGCCCCUGGCACAUCUAUAAACUACAGCUGUAACCCUGGCUACAAGCUAGUGGGAGAAGAAUCCAUCCAUUGUACCCCUGAAGGGAAGUGGACACACACUCUCCCUCAGUGCAAAGCGGCAGAAUGUAAACCAUUAGGACCUCAACUCUUUAGAAAACCUCAGGAUAGAUUUAUUAGACCAGCUGUUUAUUCUACUUGUGGUGAAGGGUACCGAUUAGGUGAGAACGCUUAUCAGCUGUGUCAAGGAACAGUUCCUUGGUAUAUGGAGCUCCGUCUCUGUGAAGAAAUCACCUGCCCACCACCCCCUGUUAUCUAUGAUGGGACACACACAGGAAGUUCCUCAGAAAAUGUCCCAUAUGGAACCACAGUCCUUUACACGUGUAACCCUGGGCCAGAGGAAGGAGUGCAGUUCAACCUCAUUGGGGAGCGCACCAUCCAUUGUACAAGCAAUGAUCAAGAGAAAGGCACCUGGAGUGGCCCUGCUCCUCUCUGUAAACUCUCCCUCCCUGAUGUCCAGUGCUCAGAUCCCCAUAUUGAAAAUGGGUACAAGAUAUCCAGGAAAGAAGCCCCAUAUUCCUACAAUGACAGUGUGACAUUUAAGUGUAAGCGUGGAUUUAUCUUGAAGGGCAGUGGUCAAAUUCGUUGCAAAGCUGAUAACACCUGGGAUCCUGAAGUUCCAGUUUGUGCAAAAGAAGGAUGUGAGCCUGCCGCAGAGCCUCCAGCUGGCUCCCACGUGGAACAUGUGGGCACAUCCUGUGGAGAGGGGUACCAGCUGAGUGGAUAUACUUAUAAGAAGUGUCAAGAUGCCAAGAAUGGGAUCUGGUUUCAAAAGAGUCCACACUGUGAAGCUAUUCACUGUCAGCCUCCACCACUGAUUGCCAAUGGGAGACCCACAGGCACGAUGGCAAAACAGUUUCUAUAUGGAAAUGAAGUCUCUUAUAAAUGUGACCCAGGAUUCUAUCUUUCGGGAGAGAAAAGUUUAAAGUGCAGAAGUAAUUCUGAAGGACGUGGAUCUUGGAGCGGGCCUCCCCCACAGUGCCUGCAAUCACCUCCUGUGACUCACUGCCCUGAUCCAGAAAUCAAACAUGGAUACCCACUCAACAAAACUCAUUCUGCAUAUUCUCACAAUGACAUAGUGUAUGUUGCUUGCAAUCCUGGCUUCAUCAUGAAAGGCAACCACUUGAUAAGGUGCCAUACAGAUAACACAUGGGUACCAAGCAUACCGACCUGUAUCCGAAAGGCUUUUGUAGAGUGUCCGCCUCCACAUGCCAUCUUCAAUGGGAACCAUACUGGUGGAAACGUAGCUCAGUUUUCCCCUGGAAUGUCAGUGCUGUACACCUGUGACCCAGGCUAUGUGCUGGUGGGGGAGCCCCUCCUGCUGUGCACACAUGAGGGGGUCUGGAGCCCAGAGGCCCCCUACUGUAAAGAGGUAAACUGCAGCUUCCCUGAGAACACAAAUGGGAUCCAGAGGGGGCUGGAGGCUGAGAAGAUGUACCAGUACGGCUCCAUUGUAACCAUGGAGUGUGAAGAUGGGUACAUGCUGGAGGGCAGUCCACAGAGCCAGUGCCAGGGCGACCAGCAGUGGGACCCUCCUCUGGCCAUCUGCAGAUCCCGUUCAUCUGAUCCCUUUCUUUAUGGUAUUUUUCUAGGCCCAGGACUUCUUCUCUUGUUGGUUAUUGCCACCUUAUGCAUGAUAUCAAAACUCAGAGCACGUCAUUAUUACACAAAUUCAAAGCCUAAAGAAGAUCUUCAUUUAGAAACACGAGAAGUAUACUCUGUUGAUCCAUACAACCCAGCGAGCUGAUCUGAAAACAAACUGAAGAUCUAUUUCAGUGGGCCAUCUGGCUUGGAAACCAAUUGAACAUUGCCUGGCAAGAAGCCGCUUUAAAACCAGCAAGUCUCUUUGUGCGGUCUCAAGAUCAGUGUGAUUUUUACAAGCUAGAAUUUCCUGUGCGCACUUAUUCUCAUGCAGAACAAAGCAGGUUUGCCUGACGGUAAAGGCGGGAGCCCAAUUUCACACCUGUGCUCAUCAAGGACGCUCUGAAGCCUCACUUGUCAUCAGCCUGAAGUCAGGCUGUGGCUAUAAACAAAUGCUUGGCUUGAAAAGUGUCACCUUCUCUAGGAAGGCACUAGAAGUGCUGUCCUUGGAGCUGGAUCCAUCUUCAUUUGCAAACAGCAUACUGAUCACUGCCAUAUGCUUUGGGUUGCAAUGUAGCUUUAAUUAUUCAAACCAAAUUUGAAAUACAUCCUCUGGUUGUGAUGGGCACCUUUAUUGGGAAGGCUGGCUUUGCCUUAGUGGUAGCAUCCCACCUUUGAUAUGGUUAAAUAUUUCAUUUUUAUCCCCAGUGGGCUGGGAUUUUCCCUCACAAUACUGUGUGUUCUUUGCCUUCCCAUAACCAAUAAUUCCAAUUUGCACAAAGUUUUGAUGUUUUAAGAGUCAGGUUUUAAUUCUAAAAAUCUGAUGUACAAGUCAAGCUUUGGAUAUUUCAUUAACAGUCUUUACAUAAGCUUCUGUUAGUAAUGUAUACAUUACCAUUCAAAUAAACUGUGUUUUUAAAAAAA